GUCUAACAUAUGCAUCGUAAACAUUAAUUAUAACAGCUCGGCUUUGAAAUAUACGUUUCCUUCGCGGAGGACACAACCGAAACGCAACUCUAGCGCCGUUCAAACUCACAAAUUAUGGCAAUAGAAAGAGGAACCAUUCGAUUGCUGAUCUUCGUUCUUAUUUAUGUAUUCUACUUGUGUAUAGGUUCCUUAAUUUUCGCCACACUUGAAGCGCCUGUCGAAGAAGCCGAAUUGGAUAAAUUAAAGGAACUUAGAGAGCAAUUUCUUGACAAAAAUCAAUGUGUAAACAACGAGGACUUAGAACAUUACGUGCUAAGGGUUAUACAAGCGGUAAAGCACGGUAUCAAACCGAUUCGCAAUUUAACAACGUUUCCAAGUUGGAAUUUCGCAAGCGCGUUUCUAUACUCGGGAACACUGGUUACGACAAUAGGUAAGGAUCAGUUAUCGCAUGAUAUCAAACAGGGCAGCUGUUGCAGAGUGUUUGGGGCUUUUGUUGCUUGUGUUGUACAGUACUAACUUUAUUAAAAAUACCUGGGUUUUAUCGCAUGUGAUUUGUUGUAAAUUGAAACAUAAAGAGGGAUUUAUGACCUGGUGCCAUGGUCAUCUGUCGAUAGUCGAAAUUAAAUUUUGAAUGAGCUAGUUCCGCUUGACUCGUGUGUGAUGGUUGCCUGAGCCAAACGUUCUGAUUCGACAAGAAAGCUUUAUUCCAUUAGCAAGCAUUAAUUUAAGAGCACAACUGAUGAUAAGUAUUGAUGAUGUGAUAUCGAUCAAUUGAUCAAACAUUGUCAUUAGCAAAAGUCCCAACUUAGUUUCAGGUCUGAAUCAUUCAUCAUUGUUGUCAUUCUUAUAUUUGUUGCCAAGGGUUUAUCUUGGAACUACCCGAUUGAAAGUUCCAGCUUAUUCCAAGUUUCAACACAAAUCCAGGCAGCUUAUGCAUGUAGAAUGCUUCACUACAUUGGAUUCUGACCUAUACUCCGUGAACGCAAUUCAAUAUUGCCAAAAGCUAUGCUCUUAUUUUUGUGCAAUUUUGCUGUAUACAUAUGUGUUGUAGUGCCUGACAAAGAUUUUUUCUGGUAACCUAGCAUCAAUCCACGGCAGCUUAUUGUACUAGGAUACUACCAACACUAGAUCGGGGGACCCUAUUUUUAUACUACAUUGAGCCAUUCACUGUAACAUUGUCUAACGAGGCUGUACAUGUAACCUGUGACUACUGUGACUGCAAUGUGUACCUAAAGUAUUGACUUGUAGCCGUCUAUGCAUGGAUGAAUCGAUCUGUGAAUUCUCGUAUAUACCUCUAUCAGAUAACAACGCAAUCAUUAGAAUAAGCUCAAAUUGCAGGAAAGGGCGGGUUAUACUAGUCGAUUGUCAAAGUAUUCCUGUAUUCGAACGAGACUGAAAUUCAGUGGAGAAACUUCAUUCUCGUUUGAUUUCAUGCAUGAAAACAUUAUGGAUCAUUUGAGUAUACUCCCCACCCCGCUUUUAAGCCUAAGAUUGUGCUAUUCUUGAAAGAACUCCUUUCAAUUUUGCUCUAUCAAUGUCCUAGGAAAGUCAGUGACGAAUUUAAGUUGUCCUGGAUAAAUAAAGCAAGAUUUACUAUACUUUAUAGCGGUAGUAUCUUCAAUUGAUUCGGAAAUUUUUCCAUCACGUAUGUCGCCCACAUUAACAUAAUCUUUAUAUGCACCAACAGCUUUGUGAUCUUUGUAUCAGUUUCUUGCUGAAAGAAUAUUUGAAACUUCUCGCAAUAACAAAGCACACCUUUGAGAUGCCUUUGUGAAUGUUUGCUAACCUGGGUUACGAUAAAUAGUAAUUCCACCGGUUCAGGCGAGAAGAUUCUUUGUAAGUUAUAUACUUAUACUAGUUAUACUUAUACCCGUACAAGCAUGCAGAAAGCCUCGACAACUUUACAAAACAAAGGUUGAUUUAAUUCAUAACAUUGUUAUACAUAUUCAAAUCCUAAAAUUUCUAAAUUCGGUUUCGUUUAGUGCAAUGUUUGUCCAAUGCCUAUAUUUCAGUUUAUAAUAUCUUCAAACUAACGAACCUUUGUAAAAAUUGGAAUUUUGCAUUUUACAUUUAUAAAGCUUAACUUCAAUACAGAGAUAUAAACAGUCACUAAUAAAAAAAUUGAGUGCAAGUCUGUUAGGAUUUUGGUUUUGUAUAGGAAAAGUUGCUUAAAUUAUGUCUUGUCUAAUUUCAUUUAUAAUUAGACAAUAUAAAUCGCAUUUAUAUAUUCAUAAGCAAUAUCGCGUUAUCUUUAGUUCCUGUAAAAAAAAACAGGAACAUAUUUGCAGUAUGUGAGAUACGAAUUAUGGAUAUGAAUAGACAUUGGAAAUUUUGUGCACGUUUAUAUUGGCGAUAUUUAUUGGCGAUAUUUUAAAAUGAGUCUAGCAACCACGUUUAUGUCGUUUUCAUAUUGUAUUUGACACAUUUAUUAAUCUAUAAUAACCUUUCGAAAUAUUUUAAGACUUCUAUAUUCUGUUUGUACCAGAAAAAUAUAUCAGUCAUUUAUAAUUAUAACAGAUAAGGACAAGCCUAAUAACAUAUGACAUGUUUUUGUCUUUCUAUGACUAUGUCUAUGUUAGUUUUUGCCGGUUCGUGAAAGAAUAUUCAUACAUGUUUUAAUCGUAGGAGUAUUUGCUAAAACUGGCAUGAAAAACAUCGAAUCUAAUAUCAUGAACGUUAUACGAGUUUUGUUUGUGCAAGAAAUUAAAAGUUACAAAAUUACUAAUACGUUUUGUCUCAGUAAUGAUUGAGCACUAAGUGCAUGCACUAUAUACGUAAGUUUACAGACAGUAAUAAUCGGUUUAUUGUAUUUGAAAGCAACGAGAACGCGGUCUUAAUUGAAGACGGUAAACCAAGGCCCUAACAAAUUCUUUCAUGAGAUAAAUAUUUAAGAGCGAAAGGAACAAAAAGUGCUUUUAGAUAUAAAAUACUUAUGGAUAGGUGAGAGAUUAUUCUGUCAGAAACUUUGUUACUUGGUAACCAAAAUUUGGUAUUGUACAUCUUUCAUAAUUGAGACUCUACAAUAUUGGUCAACGGGCAUUAGAGAUGAUGUACUCGGCACUACAAAAUAUUCCGUUAUGAUAUCGUCGAUAAAUACCUCCGACAGGAGGCAGUAUGUUUCCAUCCCUGUUUCAGCUGUUUGUAUAUGAGUGUCUGACAGUGUGUCUGUCUGCAUGUGUAAAUAUUAAACGUAUUAAUACGAACAUUUGUGGGACAAGUGGACAUUACCCAAGGACAAAUUGAUUAAAUUUUGGUUAAGUUCGAAUUAAAAUUGCAUGAGAAAUUAGCAAACGUUUGUCUCGCUUAAAAAUCUGAAUAAACUGAAUUAGUGAAUUGUAUAUAAUUUAUGCAUGAUACUGUAUGCAUAAAUAAUUUAUGCAUAACUUAAUUCGCUGGCGGAUGCAGUCUCCGAGUGCCCUUUAGUUGUCCAUGCAUGCGAGACGUCUCUACGUUAAGCCUGAUUCACAUGACAUAUGCCUGCGCUAUCAUUGUUUAUAGCUGUUGAUGCAUACAUUCUUUUGUGAAUUAUUUGUUUGAACUGUUAACGACAAUAUAGCCCGCCUACAUAACACAGGUAUAUGUGAACCAGGCUUUAAAGUGGUUACACGGUUGAUAGCUUUUAAUAGCAUUUAAUAUAGGUAGCCACUUGUCGUGUUCAGAGUGCAUGAAACACGAAAUUUUUUGGUUGUAUUUUUGUGUUUUGUGUCUGAUGGCACCAACCAUCAACUCAUCCCCCCCCCCUUCUCUGAACGGUUUUAAAUUUAAAAUAAGUUGAUAAGGUGCAUGCGAGAGUUUAUCAGCAUAGUCAUUCACACGUUGUAAAACAAUUCAAAAAGGGGAAAAUAUGACGCUCUACCAGUGGAAUGGAACGAAUUAAAAAAUCAUCAAUUCAUUGACAUCCAUUUUGUGCUCUGGUGCUGUUCUGUUGAUUAUUUGAUGAUUUGCACUACGGAUCCCUAUGAUUAUAAAGGUUUCUGUGAACACAAUGGAGUCGUCGGUCAUCAAAAUUGUUAAGAAAAAUGGUGUUUAGCUUGUUUUGAAAGAAGUUUAUAAACUCUCACACGCUAUUGAUUAAAGCAGACUUUUAUAUCAUUAUAAUAUCUUUUUGUCUCGUUAACAUAAAAAACUAGUGUCUGUUAGUGUUACGGAGAUAUUACUUUGAAAAAAAUUAAAAAUAUCAAGAAUUCCCUAUAUAAGACUGGGGGUAAGGAUCCAAUUUACCUGAUUUUUAUAUUACUUUUCACGUUUACCUAAAAGCAGUUUUUGAAAAGUUUAGUGUGUUUUUUUCAUGUGUACAUUCCAGUAGCAGAUGUUUCUAUCGAAAGAAUACAUUAGCGUAAUGGUACAGGGGGCUUCAUCUGCUAGGUGUUCGGGGAGGAUUUUGAAGAUUUAGACACCUAAAAUUUUGCAUUUUUAGUCUCCUUUCCCUUUAACGUCCAUGUUUGCCUGUCAAUGCUAAAUUACCUGGAAAUUUACCUGAAAUUACUCAUGAACAAAUAUUGCGUGGUUUUAUUCCGUGGUUUUACAACGCCCAUACUCUGCUACAAUUGUUCCGCGAUAUGCCUACAUAACGGACAUCCCUCGAUCUGUUAAUUGACGCAGCUGUGUUUUGGACGUAAAGAUUGUGGGAAGGAGCAGCUGUCCCGACUUUUUCAUAGUUUAUUAUCACACAUUCUACACAGCAAAAAGUUCUUUCGUCUUUAAAUUUUAUCGAUAAAAGAGCCUACGAUGUGGCCUAUUUAUAUUCCCGUAUAGGAACGUAACUGCUGAGACAGUGGAAUUUAUUCUGCAACUCAAUCUGAAGAUUUAAAUCAUUGACAUGCAUACAUUCUGCAAAGCAUUAAAAAGCUCUCUUGGUGGGUUUCAGACUUUCAGUAGGCGUUAUAGGCCAACAGAUGACAUGCCUUUAUUUUUCUGGAGAUAGCCAAUCUUAAAAGUGCAGUUCAAAGUAUUUGCCGGUAUAGCCAGCAGUUCUAGUCUUGUAAAUAGGUCGGUCAUAUAAAGUUCAUGUCUCGCUGUUUAUGAAUAUUCGCUCAGCCCCAUCCUUACCCUGACUCUAACACUAACCGCUGACCCAACUCAUGAACAGCGAGACUUGAAUCUAUAUUCGAUAGCUCGCUUUGCAUGAUUUUUGGAAUUGACUUGUUGCUCCCGAAUUCUUAAAUUUAGAGUUGGCCACUUAGACUAUGAAGAUAACAUCGCUCCAUGGCUCACUCACUUUUGUCAGCAUCAUAAGCGUACGGACCUGAUACUUUCCGGGGGGGGGGGGGAAGAGGCACUUGAAUGUGCACUUGGAAGGGGCACUUCAAAUAUUGUAAUGAAAUGAUGGUUUUCUAAAUGGUUUUCUAAAUUUUUUGUGGGGAGGCAAUUGCCCCAUGCCCUCUGUCUCGAACACCUAUUGUCAGUAUGGCAGAUAAUAGUCGAGUUCAGAAAUAAUACUGUAACUUAUCAUAGAACUUACUGCUAACAAUUGUGACUCGAUGCACCCACAGUGACUCUAAAUAUUGAGCAAAAUUACUCAAAUUUAUCAGUAAGUUUACGCUCAUGUUAAGGCAUCUGCUCACUAAUACUUUAUUCUAUUUCCUAGGUUAUGGUGACAUCGCACCAGUGUCGGACAAAGGAAAAGUAUUUACCAUUAUAUUCGCCUUAUUCGGUAUUCCAAUGACGGCCAUUUUACUUACUGCCAUAGUGGAACGUAUGCUGGGAGUUGUCGAUAUAAUAGAACACUGGAUGUCGAGACAUUACUUCACUCAACCCAAUUUCCCAAAGAGCGUCAUUCGCGCGGUCAAUGUCUCGUUAUUGGUCGUGCUAAUCGUCACGCUGAUCCUCUUACUCCCGGCGCUAUUUUUCACAUUGACUGAAAACUGGGGCUACUUUGAUGCGCUGUAUUUCUGUUUCAUAACGUUGACCACAGUGGGCCUGGGGGAUUACACCCCAGGAGACGGCGAGGCUUGGCUUGGAAGUAAAUAUAGAAACGUCUACAAGAUAUUAUGCGUCUUAUAUUUUCUCAUCGGCUUAUCGUUUGUGGUUCUGAUCCUCGAGAUGUGCGCUAAAGUACCAGAAGAUCACCCGGGCAUGCUGUUCACCUGUCACAAGCCUAUGUUAGAUGAUGACGAUGACACGGAAUUAAAACCGUUACGAAGCACCCCGGAACACGAGAGAUACGGGGAGAACGAGGACACGAAUGAUUCACGGAACACUACGCAGUAUCAAGCCCUCAGUGGGGAGGAUAAGGAUAGACCCUACCCUUCGCCCUAGUUGUACAAAGAUAGGAGAUCGAUCGUAAUAACAAUUGACAAUAUUUAAGUGCUCAUGCAACGGAAUUUUACACCACGAUGGCAACGUAAAGAAAAUUCAAAAUACUUUGCCAAACUAUCUUGGGGCCAUCUUAGCUUACAUCGUUUUUGAGAUAUUUAACAAUUUUUGAUACGCAAAUUAUCAUCAUUGUGGCGUUGACUUUCAUAUUUCAUGGCAUAAUGACUUUCUGAGAAAAAAUCAAGAUCUUGGGAUAUUGUGCCUCGAAAUCAUAAAACCGUGCAUAUGUGUAGCCUGCUUGAUCCUCCCUUGGAAAUUCCAGGCGGUAAGCAGGCUAGCAUAUGUGUUACGUCAACAUACUACAAAUAUAUAUGUCGACAAAUUUGAUUCAUUUAUCUAUUAUAAGAGUUAUAAAGUUUUUUCAGAAAGCUAUUAUGCAAUUUGACAUCACAUCAUGGUGAGGAUAAUUUGCAUAUCGAACAUCAUUUAAUAUCUCAAGAAAGAAACAACCUAUUAAGAUAGUUUGAUAAAGCAAUCAACUAAGCUUGAUUUUAAUUUUGACGUGACGGCCGCGCUAUGUUAAGGUGGCCGAUGUAAUUUCUCUGCAACUAAGAUCAGAUUAUUUCGCAUCGACAAACUUGACUCAGUUAAGCCCAUUUUCCACUUGGCGAAUUUGUUCGCAAACCAGGCUCAAUCAGUGGGCUCAAUGCAUAGAUAUUAAAGAAACGAUCUUAGGUUAUCAUCAUCGUGUGAGCAGUUUUGGAAUAAAGGAAUACCGAAUGGUUUUCCGUGCAGGAUCGCGUGAUCCAUGCACGAGGGAUGUCGCGAGACUUUCGGAAAGCGUAAAAAUACUCGAGCCGCAGGCGAGUGUAUUAUUACGCUUUCCGAAAGUCGAGCAACAUCCCAAGUGCAUGGAUCACGCUAUCCUGCUUGGAAAACCAUUUGGUAAUUGUUUUAUAAAAUAACUACAGUGAAAUAAUGACAUUUUGAAAAUCCCGCGAAGGCAUUUUAAUUCCUCGUGCAGGAUAGCCUAAUCCUGCACGGCUUUUGACCAAUCAAAUUGCGUGUUUCACUGUAGUUAUUAUAUAAAAGUUUACCCUGCGCACCAGAUGGUUCUCUGUUUCCUCUAUACAGCUGACUCGUGCCCAGUCGCUGUCUGAAUGAGGAUCGAAAAAAAUAGUGCAUGAUGGGAAUGAUCAAGGCUCAAUUUUCUUCGUCUUCCCAUCAUGCAUCACACUCCUCAGUUCACUGAUCUAUGUAUGUACUCCUGUUUGACAACUGGGUACGAGUCAGUAGCUGUUGACUACAUCUUGACCAGGAGCCGGUUGUAUAAAAACUCUUAAUCACUUUUUUAAUCACUAUUUUGUAGUAGUGUGGCGGAUAUGUGCAUGGAUGUUUCCGAAGAGGGUCAAAAGCACCAAAUUGUGCACAGUAGCAUCUUUUUAUGAGUAGAACAACAUGCAAAAGUGGGGCCAUCGUGAAACUGAUUUUUUAGAGAGUUACGAUGCUAUUAGCAUUAUUUGCUAUUAAAUUCUACUACAACAAAAAAUGUGAAAUUUUGAAUUCAAUCGCGACAAAUAUAACUUGCAUCAUCAGAAAGCUUGUAAAAAACUAAAUAAAAGACUUUUAAACAGUUUUUUAUUCUUCAAAUGGUUAUUGCUGUAAAUUAGGCACAUUAUCUCGCUAAAAGUCCCUAAUUAAUUAUUCGAUGUUUGAAAAUGCGUUUUUAACAGUUUAUAAUUCGAAAACUAUUUCAGAAAUCAAAAAACUGUCUAAACGUCUUAUAUGCAGUUUUUUAUAAGCUUUCUGAUGAUGCAAGUCAUAUUUGUUGUAAUUGAAUACAAAAUUUCACAUUUUUUGGCUAUAAUAGAAUUCAAUAGAAGAAAAUCACUAAUCACCCGUUUUCAGGAGUUAGCAGCAAAAUAGCGACGGCCCCACUUCAAAUAUCUAUUAUUAAGCAAAUAAAACUACAUCAAUUGUAAAAGUUUGAUGCUUUUAACCUCAACGGGAACUACUGAUCAAUAAUUUUACACAUAUAUAUCCGCCUCACUAUAGUUAAAUAGUGAUUAACUCUCAAAUACGCGCUUUUUAUUGGAUGACGUUUGCACUUAAUUAUAGUUAACUUUAAUCACUUUUUUAUACAACCGGCCCCAGACUAUAACAUUUGUUAUGCCGUUGUCAGAAUUAGCACUGAAAUAUUCCCCAGAAAAUUAUUGAUUAGUAAAUUAUAUGAGAUAUGUGCACGUGUUCUUAUUUACAGCAAGUAUAUGUAAAAAUACUCGCUUAUUUAGGCUAUGAUCAGACAUUAUUUGAUUUGAAAACUUUGAAUAACUGGACAAUAUGAUGUCGGUUUUUAUUUAUUUAGUGUUAACGUUUACUCAUUAGAUAGAAAUAUAUUAAAUCAAACAUCAAAAUUCUUUCAGUUUUAAUUUUAUUAACGUAAGAAAUAAAAAAUAUAACUAGAAAUACUGUAGAAUACAAAUUAGAAAAUACUGAUUAGACUAAAACAAAAUUUACAAAAGUAAUUUUUUGGUAUUGCUGAUUCACUCUUCCAACCAUCUACUGUGUUCAAAUCGUGAAAGAAAUUUAUUUCAGAACCAUUCUCAGAGAUAUAUGAUUUACUCAAGAGUAAAUAUGAAAUUAGUUUUUCAUAUAUCUGAGUAUGGUUCCGAAGUAGAAAAUCAAAGGUUUAAGCGAAUUUUGGUCAAGGGCAGUGGCGAAGCUAGCCAUGGCAACUGGUCAUACUAUUUCAUUUCAUUUAACAACUUUAUUGGUGCCAUAUUAAAUUACUUUAAAAUAAUAAAACUAUGAAAACAAUGAAAGUAGCAAAACGGUCAAACAAGAGCGAAUGAUGAUUUGGAGAUCAAGCUAGUCAAACUCUUCUCUUGGAGUGAUUAGUAUCAUGAUACUAUGAUACUGGAUUCGCAUCGGAGCGACAUUUGGCCUCUUACAACUUUUCAUAUUUGAAGUUUUUGACUAAUUCUGUUAUAUUAUCAUGAUUUUGUGUGCUAAACUCCCCUUGAAACUGUAAAAUUUGACGUCGCUCCGAUGCGAAUACGGUAUCGUGCAACUGGGCCCUAAUAAACCUGUAUUGAAUUCGAAAUAGGUUAUACAAUAUAACACCAGAACACUCUGGAUUGAUGGGAAUUCAAAUACAGAGUUUAAAAUAGUAGCCGGCAUUUUCAUAUUGCUAGCCCGGUGACUUUUAAAUUAGAAAUGCAAAGGCCUGCAGUCUUUGUUCAUGGUGGGGUACUUUCCGCAUAUUCGUAAUCACAUAUUCGUGAUAUUCAUAUUCGGCAAAUCAGAGCCUAAAAGGUACACGUACCAAACAGCCUACGAAUAUAUCUAAAUUCAAAAUAUUUAUUAUUACAGUUAACUGAUUUUUUAUCGUUAAGACAAUACAUUUGUAAAAGUUUGAAUAAAGCAAAUCAUUAAAACUGUGCAUAGCAUGACUUGUUGCUAUGGCUAGCUUCGCCAUUGGUGAAGGGUGCACACUUUAUCACACUUGACCGAACAGUCCACCGACCUCGUUCCCAGGGUGGGAACGGGGUUGACAGUCCACUACUGUGAUAUUCUAAAACGGCCUUAAAAUACUAAAUAAUAAAAUAAAUUACACAGAAUAAUUGCUAUUCCUAGCUUGGACCUGGUUAUCAUUCAAUCGUUACGGUAAGCGAGCUGUAUUUAUAUAUAUGUAGUUUAUUUAUAUAUAUGUAUGUUUUCAACAAUCCAAUUUUCACGUGACCAUAAAUCAUAAUGUCACAUAGUGGACUAUGAAUAGCAUAUACCGUAAACAAGCGUUG